AUGGCUGAUGAGUCAGCACGGCUUGGUCUUUGGGUUGAUGUCGGGAGCUGUCAACUAAGCUGGAUGACAAGGUGGCUGUACCCUCGGAAGGGGGUGCUUAUCGACAUUUGUCAGUCUCGGGGCCGGUUAGCGGCUCGCCCUUACGUGCUGGAUGGCGACCCCUGGGUUGAGACGCUCGCAGCUCGCAGGUGGUCAUUCGAUUGCAAAAAUGGCUCUCGUCGAGUGAUCCUUGACUUUGUCCCCUCCGACGAGCAACCUCCCUUCGGAACUCCAAUCCAAGCAAAGGAUGCAGUGAUCUGCAAGUUCCCAGAUGAUCCAUCCAUCUUACUGGGAACUCUAUCGGUCGUCACACUCGUUCUAGCUGCCAUUGCAGGGCACGUUGCUGUUUACUUCCCUUACAAGGGCAAGUCGGUCCCAAGAAAUGCUUUGUUUCGGAGCGCUACCUUGUCUACAUUCUUUGUCCUCGCCGAGGUACUCACGGUUCUGGCUUUGUUGAUGCUGCUGUGGACUACCAUCAGCGAAAGCCUCCACAGGUCUCGCAACGUGCACCGUGAUCUCACCACGCAGUGCCCAACCGCGAAGACGGGGCUCUUCGGCGGUGGCGCCUUCCUCGCCCUCGAUGCCGCUCUCUUUUGGCUUGUUUGCCAGAUGCUAACGCUGAAUGCGAGGUCGGAUUACUUGGACGAGGACGACACCAAGGGAGAGUACGUUGACGUCUGCACCACCGAGUUUGAUGUCGCUGAGACGCAUCUCCCCACUGCGUAG